GUCUUAGCCGUGCCGUCUCAGUGACAACACAAAUAAAAAAAACAGACGCAUAAAUAUCUGAAGAUCAAAAAGUUCUUUGUUUUAGUUUAGUAGUGCAGAGAAAUGGAAGUUGAUGAUGGAAAAUGUUUUAUUUGCACUGAGCAAACCGGAGAUCAUAGUCGAAGUCUUACGCAGCUGGUUACCAAAUAUUCUGGUACACUAGUUUUGAAAGUGUUCGAACGCUUUUUAGCCAGCGAUUUGUCGGAGAUUGUUCCGACGUUGAUAGCUUCCGUUGUUUGUCAGGAAUGUGUUGUGAAAAUAAAUGAUUAUGAUGCGGCCUACACAAAAGCGCUGAUCAUCCAAAAGGAAUUCACCGAUCUGUUGAAGAAAAAUGCGGUAUUUGUUGGAAGAAAUAAUCACGGCGAAGUGAUUUAUUUUAAAGAAGAACCUGAUACAGCUUGUCUAGAUGAAAUGCAAGAUUACUCGCAUACUCCAGACAAGGCAGAGGAAACGGAUUUUCAUGUUGAAUACAUAGAUGAAACAGACACUUUCAGUCUUGGAGAGGAAUAUGUCGAAGAAGAACAUUUGAAUGAAGAUAUGUACGAGCAGGUAUCAUUGGAUAAUCCUGAGGAAGAAACCCAUAGCGAGGACAUAAGCAAACCUAUUCCAGAGAAGACCACACAUGUUGAGAAAAAACAAGCUUUGUCUGGUCCACAGAAAUGUAGCGUCUAUAAAGUAGAUUUUAAAACCAAGAAAAAAUUGAAGAUGCAUAUAGAAGAGCAUCAUCCGGAUAUCGCAAAAAACGGCAAUAAUCAUAAGUGCGAUAUUUGUGGCUUAAAAGUCAAGACGAAGUCCAACCUUUUGUCGCAUAUGGCCAAACAUGUUAGAAAUAAUAAAUAUACGUGCUCGUUUUGCGGGAGAAAUUUUCAGAGUAAUGGCGCACUAACGAAACAUGUUCCCAUGCACACAGCCGUAAAUGAUAGCGACGAGAAUGUUCCAUUAGAGAGCGGAAACCGUAUUGAACAAUUGGUGAAACAACAGAGAGCUCUGUACCGAAAAAUUUACCACAUAGGCGAAAUAAUGAUGGAAACGCAAAGAAAAAUAAAUAACAUAGAAAAUAUGAUAUUAGACCAAAACAGAAAUACAAAUAGUGAAGUUAAAUGGCCAAUAACAACAAUUGAAGGAUUAAAGUUAAUCGAGACUGAGAUAAAAGCAAACAAUAUCCAGAUGGAAAAGGCACUUAGGAAAAAAAUGUCCAUGGGGAGCAAACAGUCCUUAUAUGCUUUCGUCGCAUACAGUUUUGAAGGAUUACUUUUCCAUAACACUCGUUGGACUUGGACGGGCAAUGUACCAAAUAAUGUGAUCCCGGGAUCAGUGCCCAAAUCAGAAGCAGCAAAACAUCUGGCCGUUGUAGAACUUUUAAAAGAUUUAAUACAUGACUUGUUCCCAGACGAAACUAAUGCUUCUAUCGAAACUACUAUGAAAAAAGUGUUAAAUAAUCAUAAUGAAGCUUUGAAAAAAAAAUCAAACAAAAAAUCGUUACGCGAAUGAUAUAUUAAAUGUAAGACCCAAUACAUUCAUUGUUGG